UGACCCAGCCCAGCAACAUCCUAAAACCCUAAAAAACCCUCCCAGAAAUCACAGAUCUUCUCUUGUGUCACUUUUACUUUCUGACUGUUCUGUCUCUCUCUUUCUCUCUCCUUUUUUCCCGAGUUUCUCUCUCCUAACUCUACUACUAUGGAGACACAAGUUCUUAGUUACAGCACUGCAGAAAUGGAGACUUAUGUUUCCUCUUUACUUGAAUUUCUUAAGGUUGAAGCUGUUCUUGUUUCUCUUCAAACUGUUGCCUUUGUCCAGAGAAUUCUUCUCUUUUGUUUGACUACUGAACAUAUCGCAGACAAUGAGCUUCUCCGGAAUAAGUGGAUUUCUCUGUCUCACAAAACAGAGAAAACUGAAGAUGAGGCCAAGGAUGCUAGUGACUCAGACAACGAUGAUGAGGAUGACGAUGAUGAUGAUGCUGGCGAUGAUGAUGAUGACGACGAUGAAGACUUUUCAGGAGAUGAUGGGAGUGACGAUGAAGGAAAUCCAGAGGAGGAUACAGCCAAUGGUGCUGGGGGAAGUGAUGACGACGAUGAUGAUGACGAUGAUGAUGAUGAUGACGACGAUGAUGACGAUGAGGAUGAUGAAGAUGAAGACGACGACGAUGAUGAAAAGCAACAGCCACCACAGAAAAAGAAGAAGUAAGAUGGGAUGCUGUAUUUACUCUUUCCCCUUUUUUUAGGUUUCAGUCAUUGGUGGGGCAUGUGAGUCUAUUGGUUCUUGCUUAGGAUUUUAGUAGGUGGAAUUAAUUUGUAUUGUUAUCAUGGUAGUUUAAAGGUUUAUGUAGAUGGGGAAGAUUCUUCGUUAUCCUUUGAUGAAUGAUCAAACUUCUCUUUA